AUGGCAAGCCGGGGCUAUGGCACGCCCGGGCACGACGAGGAGGAGCUUGUCUUCAGCCAGUCACGCGGUCGUUCGCAGCAUGGCCCUGUGUACAGCCGCACCUGGAGCAAAGCCCGAGAGGACUUGGAGAGCUCCUUGAUGCGACUCUAUGGCCUGGAUAGCAACACAAACCAUGCCCUGAUCUUGCCUUCGGGCAUGGGAGCCAUCGGGGCGGUCAUGUCCUCUGUAGCCGCGAGUUGCAGCGGCCAGGAGUGGACUCUGGUAUACGGAGAUGAGCUGUACUGCGACGUGGCGCGCACCGUGCAGUAUGUGGCCGAAGCAAGCGGAGGCAAAAUCACCACCUGCCCAGUGGAGAUUCGAGAUACCCAGAGGCUCCGACGGCUUUUCACAGAAAAGGGUGCCGGCAUCCGGCUAUUCCACUUCGAGGCAUGCACAAACCCCAGCGGACAGAUCUUCGACUUUACGCUCCUCAAAGAGUUGAGAGCCCUUGCGCCACAGUGUGUCUUCGUGUGCGACAACACGUGGUUAUCUGGCGCCCUCUUCAACCCUUUCGAGCACGGAGCCGACAUCGUCUUAGAGAGCAUGACAAAGUACGUGUCAGCUGGCCGAUGUAUUGGUGGCUUUGUGGUCGGCGCCAGCUCCCUGAUAGCUCCAGUGCUUUCCUGGAUUACAGUCUUUGGCGUCUUUGUGGGUGCUGACCAUUGCCAAAUCUUCUUACAAGGCCUGCAGACCAUCAGCAAGAGGAUGGCAACCAUCUCAGCCACUGCGGAGGCCAUCGCCGUGCAUUUGGAAGCGCACCCUGCAGUCAACCGAGUCAUGUACCCGACACUGGCAUCUCACCCGACACAUGGCCUGGCUCAACGCUACCUCACACGUGGAGGUCCCGGCUGUAUUUGGUUCCACGUGGGUGCUGCAAAAAAAGCCGUCGUGAGUGUGCUCACUCGCGGCGCAGCCUGCCCUGAAUUUAAGACUUCCUUCGGUGCGGCCGACUCACGCGUCGAUCCCUGGCCGAAAUCUGCACUUUCGAAUGCCUGCGAGUGGCCACGCGGAGGAGCGCAGGGCCUCCAGGGCACCUGGCUGCGACUCGCUGUGGGCCAUGUUGAGACCAUGCAGGAGACACAGGCUGCUGUGGACACCCUGCUCGCGCAGCUGUGCCCCGGCGUCGACGUGGCCGCUGAGCCAGUUGCAAAGGCUCAGGUCUCUCCUCAGACAGAAGCGGCUGCCAGCAUGCGCUGGAAACGCAGAGCCUGA